AUGUCGCCGCCAGCAGGGAAUAAGAACCAUGCCGAAUCAGGUUUGGCUAGAUUAUUGGGAUCAGGUACAUCAGGCGUCUUGGAGUUGUUAGUAUUCCAUCCGGUGGAUACUAUUGCAAAGCGAUUAAUGACUAAUCCGAAGAAGGUGUUUGUCCCUGGGGCGCCAAUAUCAAAGGGAAUUGCUAGUUUGAACGAUGCAAGCUCGUCAAGAGCCAUAUACAAAUACGCCUCCCUCUUUCCUGGCCUCGGAUUUGCAACCGGUUACAAGGUUCUCCAGCGCAUAUAUAAAUAUGGUGGGCAGCCAUACGUUAAGGAUUUUCUGAAUAAGCAUCACAAGGACGCGUUUUAUAAUACAUUUGGAGAAAAAAGCGGAAAGACAAUGAUUCAUGCUACUGCGGGGAGUUUAAUCGGAAUCGGUGAAGUAGCGUUACUACCACUUGAUGUUUUGAAAAUCAAAAAGCAGACAGCUCCAGAAACAUUAGCAGGGCGAGGGGGAAUACUCAAAAUCUUCUGGGAUGAAAAGCUUGGUCUGUAUAGAGGUGGCUUAUGGACUGUUGCUAGAAAUGCGCCUGGAAGCUUUGCACUGUUUGGCGGCUCAGCGGUGGUCAAAGAAUACGGUUUCGGCCUAAAAGACUAUUCGAAAGCCACUUUCUUCCAAAACUUUUGUGCAUCAAUUGGAGGGGCAAUCGCAUCUAUCACAGUGGCAUCACCACUUGAUGUCGUCAAGACAAGAAUCCAGAAUCGUCCAUUUGAUGCCCCAGAGAGUGGCGUCACUAUAGUAAGGAACAUGAUCAAACACGAAGGUCUAUCCGCUUUUGUAAAAGGAUUAACGCCUAAGAUAAUUGUUGUUGGGCCUAAACUAGUGUUUUCGUUUACAGUGGCACAGCAGCUAAUUCCAUUCCUUGACAAUUUCUUUGUCUCAAAAGGAAUCACGAAAGCAAAUCCAUUGUAA